UUUUGCCCAGUUUUCUUGCAUGUGUUUCUUUUCCUUGGAAAUUGCUUUGUUGUAGCUUCCCUGCCCAAACCCCCCAUCACCUAUUGGCCGCAUGUCCUUCUCUCCACAGCCACCAAAACCCUUAACAGAGGCAUCUCUGAGUUCAUUGUGAUGGCUGCAGACGCAGAGCCCCUGGAGAUCAUCCUGCACCUCCCGCUGCUGUGUGAAGACAAGAAUGUGCCCUACGUGUUUGUGCGCUCCAAGCAGGCGCUGGGGCGGGCCUGCGGGGUCUCCAGGCCUGUCAUCGCCUGUUCUGUCACCAUCAAAGAAGGCUCCCAGCUGAAGCAGCAGAUCCAGUCCAUUCAGCAGUCCAUUGAAAGGCUCUUAGUCUAAACCGGUGGCCUCUGCCACGCUCUCUCUUGCCUCCUCCCCGUCGGUUGUGUAUCAUAUUGUCUGUGUUACCAUGUAGGAUUUCCAGCUACCUUCUAUUGUUAUAAAAUAUUGUAGUAGUAAAUCUU